AUGAAUUCAGAUUCAACUUCACGAAAUUCACGUCGUCAUACGUCUGCGAAAUAUCCACUGGAUAUUCGUACGACCAAACCCAGCGUUACGAAACAUAUGAAGAAUUGGACAAGUUGUUUUUCCUGCGGUUUAAAGCAACGACGUUCACCAUCCCCACCUCAUCAAACCAAAGAAAAUUCCAAAUCAACAACAGAUUUUAAAGCGACACCUAUCAACAAUUUCAUUUUUCGCAAAAAUAAAUUCAUCGGAAUCGAGAAAAUCCAAGGAAAAGUAGAAAGUGCCAUUGAAAAAACUUCUCCGUCGAAAUCUUUCUCCUCUCCCUCCAUUUCGUCGUCAUUGCUAUUAAUACCAAUGGAUGCCGAUUCUGGUGAAAUGAGUGAAUGGUAUACGGCUGAAUGUGGAGCUUCACAGUAUACAAUACCCAAACGAUAUCAAGAUUUAAGUCCAAUAGGCCAAGGGGCCUUUGGCGCUGUGAUUCGCGCUAUUGAUACAGUAACCGGUAAACAUGUAGCAAUUAAAAAGAUGCUUCGACCGUUUCAAAGUGAAACUCAUGCAAAACGUACUUACCGAGAACUGAAAUUACUUACACAUUUGAAUCAUAAUGAUGCACAAGUUGUACAACUAUAUAAUGUUUUCACACCGGAGAAGAAUGUUAACGAUUUUCAAACGUUAUAUUUUGUUCUGAACUUUGUGGAUUUUGACUUGAGUAAAGUUAUUAAACGCGGCAAACCGUUUACAGAAGAUCAUAUCAAAUUAAUCAUCUACUCCUUACUACGUGGUUUGAAAUUUAUUCAUUCUGCCGGUGUCAUUCAUAGAGAUUUGAAGCCUACUAAUAUCGGAAUUAGUAAAAACUCAGAUCUUACGAUUCUUGACUUCGGCCUCGCUCGUGUCACAACCAGUGGUCUUCUAACUGGUUAUGUAGCAACAAGGUGGUGGCGUGCUCCUGAAGUUUUCGUCAAUUGGGAACGUUAUGAUGAAAAACCCCUUUUCGCUGGAACCGACCAUAUCGAUCAGUUAUCCAAGAUAUUCGACAUUGUCGGUACACCUCAAUUAGGCACAUUAGAUGAAAUAUGUGAACCAUAUGCACGUGAUUAUAUUCAUAAACUACCGACUAAGCCUAAACAAGACUAUAAAAAAUUGUUUGGUUAUAAAUAUGAACCUGGAGGUCGAACUCCAGUAUCUGGUAUUUCACCUCAAGGUAUCGAAUUACUUGAUCGUCUCUUAUCGUUCGAUCAUCGUAUUCGACCAACAGCAGUCGAAGCAUUAGCCGAUAGUUAUUUUGAACACUUACAUGAUCCGAUGGAAGAACCAUCUGCUGAAACAUUGGUGGAUGAACAUCAAGACGCAGCUUAUCCAAUUGCGACAUGGAAAUCCGUCAUAUGGAAAAUGAUUCAAGAAUUCGAACCACCACCAUGGGCAAGUGAAAUCAAUGACGAUGACGGAUAA